GUUCUUUCUCAGCUCCAUCCUCAUCAUUGCUCUACAACUCCAAAGAGCAACAGCUGAGACCACCUUGAGAAGAGCAUGGUCCCAGGCCGAGUUCUGAUGUGGGGGGCCCUAGCCCUGACCACCGUGAUGAGCGCCUGUGGAGGUGAAGACAUUGCAGCCGACCAUGUUGCCUCCUAUGGCUUAAAUGUCUACCAGUCUUACGGUCCCAGCGGCUAUUAUACCCAUGAAUUUGAUGGCGACGAGCAAUUCUACGUGGACCUGGAUAAGAAGGAGACUGUCUGGCAGCUGCCUCUCUUUAGUAAAUUUACAAGUUUUGACCCGCAGGGUGCACUGAGGAACAUAGCUACGGCAAAAUAUAAUUUGAACAUCCUGAUUAAACGUUCCAACAACACCGCGGCUGUCAAUCAGGUUCCUGAGGUGACUGUGUUUCCCAAGUCUCCAGUGAUGCUGGGUCAGCCCAACACCCUCAUCUGUCAUGUGGACAGCAUCUUUCCUCCUGUGAUCAACAUCACGUGGUUGAAGAACGGGCACUCUGUCACAGAAGGUUUUUCUGAGACCAGCUUCCUCUCCAAAAAUGAUCAUUCCUUCCUCAAGAUCAGUUAUCUCACCUUCCUCCCUUCUGAUGAUGAUUUUUAUGACUGCAAAGUGGAGCACUGGGGCCUGGAUAAGCCACUUCUGAAACACUGGGAACCUGAGAUUCCAGCCCCCAUGUCAGAGCUGACAGAGACAGUGGUCUGCGCCCUGGGAUUGAUCGUGGGCCUUGUGGGCAUCGUGGUGGGCACUGUCUUCAUCAUUCAAGGCCUGCGCUCAGGUGGUCCCUCUAGACACCAAGGGUCCUUGUGAGUCACACUCCAGAAGGGAAGGUGCACUGCCCGCCUACAAGAGCUGAAGAGUGGAUGUGCUCAACGACCUAGAACUAUUUUCUGGCCAAAUUCAUCAUAUACCUUCUCUCUUCCUACAUUCUUCUUCUCACCUCUUCUCUGGAACUUAAGGUGCUGUGUCAUCUCAGAAUUCAUAUGCCCUUGGAAUCCUCUUCCUGACCUUCUAGGUCUUUUUCUUUUCUCAGUUGUUACCUGUUAUGGGAUCUCUGAGAUAUCCCACUCGGCUACCUGAUCCCUCAGUGACCCUAAACUAAUAUGUACAUGGAAACAAUAAAUCACUUCAUGAGGUUUUUGUACUGAA